AUGGCGGUUAGAGUCAAUGACGAUUGUUAUCCAAAUUUUAUUUUAGCAAAUUUUGCCUACGGCAACAGGCCAAUGGCAGCUGGCUUUUAUUGGAGAGCUCUAGAUUUUUUUUACUGCCCUUUAUUCCAUAAACCUAGAGUAGAUAUUAAAAAAAGCAUAGAUGCAUUAGGGGAUAACAGACACUGUAAAAAUAUUGACGGAACAUGUACCAAAAUUAUAAUCAUUGUGAGCUCAAAAGCACCUACCAAGAGCCCAUUUAGCGCAUGGAAAGACUUUUUGGAAAAAGCAAAAGAAGAAGAACGCAAAAAAUUGCAAGAUUGCCCGAUUACAUGUCCUGCUGGUCCUAAGGGAGCUGGUGGACCACCAGGACCACCGGGAUUACCUGGAAAAAAUAUAGCGAAAGCCGAUGUCAUUGCAGUCAUACGUGAAGUCUUCGAAGAAUAUUUUACAGCAACUGAAAAGUGUGGCUUGUGCGUUAAAAGAAAUCAAUCCAGCGUUAAUAUUUUCACAUAUAUAACCAAGAAAGCACAAGAUCAUUUAAGUUUCAGUAAAGCGCCUAUUGCUGUUAUUCCAUCUGCUUUCCAUAUGGAAUUACAUUCUUCCAUUAAUAUUGACCAUGGCACGCGAAAGCUAUUAACUAACUAUGUUCAACCAUCACAUCGUGGUGCUUUCAUGCGAGGGAAUGGAGUCGAUGUGAAAAAAGGCUUAUUUAUUGCUCCAUACUCAGCUAUUUAUCGUUUCUCUGGAUUGGUUCAUCUACAUCAUUCAAUUUCACCAUCAACUAUUCUCACCAGGAACGAACAUGUUACUGCUUAUAUCUGCAUCGACUUCUCUUGCACACGUAAUAGGUCAAUCAAAUACGUAUCCGGCAUAUCUCCUAACAGCCGACAGUUUACACUUUAUGCCGACGGAAUUUUAUACGUUGAGGCUGGCCACACAGUUGGCAUUUAUGUUGAAAAUAUUUCUGGUCAUUCAAUCACCGUUCAACAAAGAACUUCAUUUUCCGGCCAUUUAGUUGGGGCUUGA